AAACAAAGAGCUGAGAUGAAGACAGAACUGCAGCGGCGGCAGACAACCUUCAAAACAUAGAAAAACUUUGGAAGAAUUUGAACCUUUUUGCAUCCAGUGGUGUUUCAUCUCUUGUCGGCUGUCUGGCCUCCAAGAUGCUUCGUCUUCUGCUGCUCCUGUGUGUUUUCAUCACACUGACAGGCCAAGCUCUGUCUUGUGUAGUGGGAGGUUGUUCUGCUGGACUGGACUGCAUCAACGUAAAUGGAGUUCCUCAGUGUGCAGAUCCCUGUUCCCGUUACACUGAACUGCGUGAUGAGUGGCGCUCAAUAAAUAACAUAGACCAGAGCAAUCUGAGGUGUGACCAGAGUGUAAAUUGGGACGGCUGGUAUCAGUUUUAUCUAGGAGGGAGGAGUGCUGCUAUUCCAGAAAAGUGUGUUGACAAAAACAGAUGUGGAACUCAUGCUACUUUGUACAUAACACAGCCUCACCCCACACAGAUCAAUGAAAUCGUAACUCGCACUGUGUGUAAUAACUGGGUCUCUUCCUGUUGCCAUUUUGCCUCACACACCAUAAAAGUCAAGCUCUGUCCUGGAAACUUUUAUGUUUACAAACUUGCGAAACCAUCAACUUGCCAUCUUGCAUAUUGUGCAGAAAUAGUUUCUAACAACGUGUUUGACGUCAAAGCAAUAAGCCAAACUGAGACCAGCAUCACUCUACAGUGGAGCAGAUUGAACAACAUUGUCAGCUUUGUUAUCCAGUAUGACGGCAGAGAGAUGUCAGUCGGAGCACCAAGUGGAAAUGGAGCCGUAUCAGUCACAGUUUCUUCCCUCACGGCAGCAACUAAAUACACAUUUACUAUAUUUGCUGUGGUUGGAAAUGUCAGAGACCGAGGAGUACAAUUUACAGCUGCCACUGCUCCUCCAAAUCCAACUGGCUUGGUGUCCCUAAAUGAAACUGAGAGCAGUAUAACUCUGCAGUGGAACAGAGUGAACAACGUCAACAGCUUCAUUCUCCAGUUCAACGGUAACGAGAGAAGAAUCGCUGCGCCUGCUGGAAACGGACCAGUAACUCACACAGUGUCGUCUCUUUCUGCUGAAACCAAAUACACAUUCAGACUCUUCUCUGAGUUUGAGAAUAUCAGAAGUAGUGGAGUGCAACUUAUUGCUGGAACUGGUACUUCUGGGGAGAAAUUUGGUGAAGCUAAAAAGUUCAACCUCACCUUGUGUCCGUUAUCUUUCUAUCAAAAUGUUUACCAGCAGGUUUAUGUGAACUUCACCAAUAAGAACUUUGCCAUCUGUUUCAACGGUUAUUAUAACUCUAAAAGCAGUGAUGACUGCAUUGUUGGACCUAAGCCCGAGUCUGGCGAGGCGAAAUUCAUCAUAAGGGAAAAAGAUUCUUCGUAUGAAGCUCGAGCAAAAGCAGCAGUGCAAACCAUCAGAAGCAGCUUGAAGUGCUCUGUGCAUUUUGACAUGAUGUACACGAACAAGAAAGUAAAUCUGAACCUCCUCAGUUUUGGGAAACAAACAGCUCUGCAUUUCAGUUCAGUCUCCAGUGAGGCAAAAGUGAUGGCGGAUGUAGCGGUUGAGGGUAAGCUAGUUCAGUCUGUGUCUCUUGGGUCGGCUGACUCUGGAUUUACUGACAUCAGUGGAUGCAGAAUCUCAGGUGUUGGGAUUUUACCUAAUUCAACAGUCCAUUUUGAAAAAACCUGCAGAAGUUUCACCUGUAGCAUCGACAGAGCUGUCACAUCAACCGGCUGUGGUGAGCAGGAGGAAUGUGACGGAAACGGCAGAUGUUUUAAAAACCAAAUCUGCACCGUGACGGGCCCCACUGUCAUCGACUUCCAAGGUCAACAGAGCUCUGUGACGGACCGGUGUGUGUACUCUCUGGUGUCAGACUCAUCGAGCGGGUUUGAAGUGCUGGCUAACUUCCAGGAACGCCGCCGUAGAGACGUGAGCUUCCUGGACAGUGUGAGCCUUCGACCUGCUGGCUCAAAGGUUUACUUCCGCCUGGAACAAGGUGGCAGGAUUAAGAUGAAUGAGACAGUGUUGACCCUGAACAGUCCAGUCCAGCAGUUCGAGGGCAUUUCAUUAAGCAAGGAUAAAAAUGGACUGACAGCAACGUCUUUGUUCUCUGGGCUCAAAAUGUCGGCGUUGUUUGAUGGCUACACAGCACAGAUCCACAUGAGAGUCCCUGUUGGAUCAGCGAUGGAGGGUCUGUGUGUCGACUCCAGAAAUAUGUCGAGUGCAAAGCUUCUUGAUUUAAGCUCUCCAAGCUGUGAAAGGCAGUAUGAAGACCCUGUGGACAGUCAAAUAGAAUGCAACAUGAUCACCAAACACUGUAACCUCUUGAGGGCCGCCCCGUUUUCCUCCUGCAACGACGACGUCGACCCAACUCCCUACAUCAGCGCCUGCAACAGCACUCUGUGUGGAUAUCCUUCAGCUGACGGUCUGGGCUGCCAGUUCCUGUGGGCGUACGCCACAGCCUGCCGCCUACAGAGCAACAUCACACUGGACAGAUGGUGGUCAAACGCAGGCUGCUCCGAGCCUCAGGCGUUUUGUCAGGACAAGCUCUGCAGCGAUCAUGAGUUCUGUGGCAGGAAACACAGUGGGAAGACCGGCUGCCUCUGCAGAGCUCUGUUUGCCUCCAAAUACAAACUGUCUGGCACUCUGGGUGAGCCGGCUGUGUGCAGGAAGAACUCUGGUUCAAUCACUCUUGUUGGAUGUCUGCUGGAGGAAAAAGGCGUCGACUACAGAGUCCUGCACCUUAAUGACCGGAGCUGCAGGGGCGCGAUGGACGAGAAGAACCACAUGGUGACCUUCAGCUUCGACAGCAGCAACACCUGCGGGACGGAGAUCAUGAAUAAUGGAAGUCAGAUAAACUACAAGAACACCAUCAUGACCCAGAACAGUUCUGAUGUCAUCACUCGCCAUGAUCAAGUGUUCAUCGACUUCUCCUGCCACCACACUCAACCCGACAUAAAGAUUGUGGCCUUCAGAAUUAAAGACAACUCUGUGGUCCAGCACAUCAAGUCUGGAGAAUGGAGCUACUCUGUGUCGAUGAAAGCAUAUGAGAACGCUGCCUACACCCGAGCUGUAAUCUCUGGUGUUCUGCUGAACCAGAAAAUAUGGGUGGAGCUGAAGACGGACGGGCUGGAUGCAAAAACCAUCGCCGUGGUGAUGGACUCAUGCUGGGCAACCAGCAAGGAAUCGCACGACAGCAAACCAAGUUAUGACCUGAUUAAAGAUGGCUGUGCUGACCCGAAUGACGGGACAGUGGAGGUGGAGGGAAACGGAGCGGGAACCUCCACCUACUUCUCCUUCAACAUGUUUGAGUUUUCUGGGAACUCUGGUCAAGUUUAUCUGCACUGCAAGAUCCAGCUGUGUCCUAAACAGGAGGACAACUGCAUCCCGGAUUGCUCCGAUGAACCUAAGAGAGAACGAAGAGCCAUCAGACGGCCACUGAAAAUUAGAGACACAUCCUUCAUCAGCAUGGGCUGGGUUCAUUAGGCCAGACGGCAACGUGGGUGGUUUCCAUGUGAAACUGGACCGACUGCCGACCUUUACGCUGAUUCCUGACAUCAGUCCAGAUCCACAGACGGGAUGUUUGGAAAUCUGGGAUUAUUUCUGACUUUUUGAUGCUUCAUCGUCUAAUAUCUUAAGAUGGAAUUGGUUUUUAGUACAAUUAAUGUGGGGACGGGGCAAAAGUCAACCAGAAAUUAUUUCUUCAUACUUUUGAUUUAAUUAAAUGAAGGGAACCAUGAGGACUG